UGCAGAGACCUUGCUUCUCUCUUCCCAUUCAUACGCACACUCUCUCUUUCUCGCUUAAGCUUCAUAGAAACUGUGAGCAGAGAGAGAGAGAGAGAGCAAAAAUGAGGCCAAAGAGCAUGUCCACAGCCAAAAGCACAGGCGGUGAGGAUAAGAGCACUGCCACGACAACCGCCAUGGGCGGUGUUUCAGUUUCGAGGAGUACUGCUGCUGUAUCUUUAUCACUAUCAUCAUCAUCUUGUGCUACUAGUACUAGCGACGUACCGUCGACGCGGCCAAGCUGUUGUUGCCUCACGAGGCUUGUGGUGAAGCUGAAGAAGUGGAACAAGAUGUUGCUGCGUCACAACAAUAAGAACAGACAGAGCUCGUUCCAGUGCUUGUAUGAUCCGCUGAGCUAUUCUCUCAACUUUGAUGGGAGUGGCAAGGGGAGCGUGUUGGAUCAGGAGGAUGAAGACUACUAUCGGUUCUACGCUUUUUCGUCGAGGUUCGCAAUGGCCAACUUGAGAAGUAUUGCUGCAUACCCGAGACCGGUUGCCAUUUCUCACUAGUCUAGACUCUCAAAGAUCCAAGUUUUGUUAUAAGCCUUUCCGCUUUUUUGUUUUCUUGUAUUCCCGUUUACGUUUUCUGGCCAUGUUUGUAUUUUGACAGUGCAAUGGUCAAUGACUAGUUAGAAAAGAGACUGUUUAUCUUAAUUUUCCUUUAUGAUUGAAAAAGAUUGCUAAGAUC